AGCUUUUCUCUUACAAUUCAACGUUUGUGCUGAAUAUUUUCCGUCAAUGAAUGUGCCUUUGUAAUCAAUGGAACCGGAAUAUUAUUUUUACUAGGAUAUCGGUCACGAUAUUAUCAUGUUCUUGGUUCUUGUUUCAGCAUUCUUCGAGGACAGUGCGACAUGAUCAAAAUAAUUUAGCAAAUUAAACUAAAAUAUUGAUUUUUUUUAUCAAAGAUGCUGGCAAUUUUUGCAUUUGUAUUCAUAUAUAUGGAAACUGGUGCCAAUACCGCUAAAAUCGAGUUAACCGAAACAUACAGUUUCACGAGCGUAGAGAUCGCAUGCACAUACGAGAGCGAUACAGAUGUGGCGGUUGGUUACUAUAAGAAAGAACCCUCAAAAUCAUUUACAAGAACAAUAGCAAUCGGAGGAAAUGGAACCUAUUGUCAGAUGUCGCCAUUGCGAGAAAACAUUAAAUGUCACUGUGUUAAUAACAGGCAUGUUACCUGCACAUUGUAUAAUCUCACGACUGUCAACGAAGGAGAAGAAUGGAAAUGUGCAAUACCAAAAGAUGGUGUUGGUAUUUAUAGCAACGUCGCCCGUGUAUCCCUGCAGCAUACAAGAACAGCAAGAAAUACUCAAAGCACUUCAGGUGGCACUAUUAUUUCUAAAAUAACAACAUUGAGUACAAAGAGCGAUGCCAACAUAAAUAGCGCCCUGUAUUCAAGAAUAGCAGAAAAAACUGAAAGAACUGCUACUGGAACUAUUAUUUCAUUUGUAAACAAAUUGAGGACACAGAGCGAUGCCAACAUAAAAAGCGCCCGAUAUUCGGGUCCAUAUGGAGUCACUGACGCAGAUGAUGGUUAUUAUUCAAGAACUGAACUAACAAAUGAGUUCAAUGAAACAUCAACAGGUUUAUCCGCCGAUCGAGUAACCGAGUUGUUUAGCGAAGAUUGGACUAAGAUAAGUGUUUUAAUUGCGUCUGUGAUUGGAAGCCUCAUUAUUGUGGCGGCUGUCAGUGUACCUCUAUGGAUCCGAUGUCGCAAACCUGUGGAGCCAUCAAACGAUCAUAUGUCUACUGAAGAAGUUUCUGGUCCUUCAAGCACAAUAUACCAUUCCAUUCCACCAAGGUUUGUCGAUACAGCCGAUGUUCGUAGUCUUUGCAGUUGUUAUUAUGUUGGGUGCAUCGCAGGGACCGCCAGCCAAUCAGAUACGCAUGCUAUUAACUCGGCAGCAAACGUGGAGGACGGCACAAAUCAGACUGAAGCAAACGGUGAUACCGAUCAUUACUCUGAAAUCAAAGAAGCACUGAACUAUCGUCUGAAGGCUGGAGUUUUACCAGAAGACCAUUACUCAAAAUGUUUGGAAGAGGUUCCGGACAAAAACGAACAUCAUUACACAGAAUCGAUGGACUUGGUUGUUACCUCCCAGGCAAAUCAUUACAUGUGGCGUAGUACACCUGCGUCAGUCGUUAACAAAGGUAUUUACGCGGAGUGUAUGCCAAAUAAAGUGAACUCAAACAAAGGCGCUUACGUAGACAUUAUAUCAAGAAAGGGCACAGAGGACAAAACUAUGUACGCUGAAUGUAUGCCGAAUAUGAUGCCCGCGAAUAAAGCUUCACACUUGUUACCUACUGAAACCACGGUAACCUACGCCGAGUGCAUUCCACUUAUUGUGCCCACGGACAAUAUUGGCUACACAGAUUGUUUGCCAACUGAGAUGAUCGCGAAUAAAAGGUUGUAUGCAGAGUGUAUGCCGAAUUCGGAGACCCUGAGCAAAGAUGCGUACGCACAGUAUUUGUUAAAUGCUGAGACCGCAGACAAUAGUCUUUACGCAGACUGUUUGCCAACCGAGAAUGUACCAGACAUUGUUCAAACAAGAGACCAGACGCCUACAUUUGGAACAUUCUUUAAGGGUUUAUCGUCAAAAACUAACACACCGCAUUUUACAUCUGCAGUGUCAUGUAACUCAGAUGUACGAAAUGACAAAAGUAAAAAACGUUAUAAAAAGAAGAAACCUGAUGAAAAUAUGUACAUUACAGCGGUAUAUGGUCCGUUGCCGAAAUGGUGAGGAAACGUGUGAAAAGUGAAAAACGAAAACAUUACACCUGUUAGUGUAUAUGGUACAGCAUUUUGGUUUGGGACCAAAACCAAUCUGUUCGGGGACAAAAAAGCAUGAAUGGUGUUUAAUGUUGCCUACUUCGUGACAAAAAUAGUUUGCAUGCAUGUUUAGAUAGUGUUUAAUUGAAAGCAUUCAGUUGAAAAUAAAAACUGAUUUUCUAUACAAAUGAUUUUCGAUUAUGCUAUUAUCACAUCGUCCACAUAUAAGCUAUUAUGACUUUUAUUGUAACUAUUUCAAUUAUACGGGUGUUUGAGGUGUACAUUAUGUUUGCAUAUCCUACUCGGUGUAUAUAUUGUAUAUACUUGACUUUCGUGUAUUCCAUUUCUUAUAAUAAAGAAUUUGUGUAAUUCG